AUGUCCGCGUCUACAUCUGCUACCGAUGCCGUGCAUCCCCGGUUUUUAGAGAAACCUGUCGUUAAUGUUGGCGUUGGUGGUUUGAAAGUAGUGCUUGUCCAGUUGGCAGUGGGGAUGGACAAGCACCAAAAUGUAACAGAAGCAGUGAAACAGAUACACCUAGCCAAAGCAAAUGGAGCUCACCUUGUGGCACUGCCGGAGUUCUUCAAUGCACCUUAUGGCACUAAGUACUUUGCCAAAUAUGCGGAGAGCGUGCCAGACGGUGAGUCCUGCCUCGCCCUAAAGCGGGCGGCGCAGGAGGCCGGCGUGUAUGUAGUGGGAGGCACUAUGCCCGAGCGAUGCGGGGACAAACUGUACAAUACUUGCACUGUGUGGGACUGUGCUGGGGAUCUCGUUGCGCAACACAGGAAGGUCCAUCUAUUUGACAUAGACAUUCCCGGCAAAAUAAGGUUUAAAGAGUCAGACGUGUUGACUGCCGGCGACAGUAUCACGACGUUCGACUGCUACGGUGUGAAGAUAGGACUCGGCAUCUGUUACGAUCUGCGCUUCUUUGAGAUGGCACACCUUAUGGCUAAAGAAGGCUGCUCCAUGCUGAUAUACCCGGGAGCCUUCAACAUGGCGACGGGCCCGUGCCACUGGGAGCUGCUGGGCCGCGCGCGCGCCAACGACCUGCAGCUGUGGGUGGCGCUGGUGUCGCCGGCGCGGGACGCCGCCGCAGACUACGUCGCCUGGGGACACUCCAUGCUCAUCAACCCCUGGGGGGCCGUCGUCGCCGAGCUGGACGAGAAACCUGGACAGCUCUGUGGUACUGUUGAUUUGGACCCUCUAGAGCAAGUAAGGAGUCAGAUUCCAAUCAGAUCGCAGAGGAGAACGGAUUUGUACGACACCAUCUCUUAUGCCAAAAGAACUAUCAUUUUAACUGAUUGA